AUGGGUGAGUUUAAGGUGCACCGGGUUCGGUUUUUCAACUACAUGCCGAGCGCGAUUCGAGCCAUGGCGUUCAAUAGCCGAACUGAGCGGCUCGCGUUGGCCCGGGCUGACGGAACUGUGGAGGUCUUUAACUUCACUGAUAACUACUUCCAAGAAAAGGUGAUCCCUGGUCGCGAUGGCGCAGGCAUUGAGAGUCUGUGCUGGGUAGGUCAGCGACUUUUCAGUGCUGGUUUGAGUGGAGGCAUCACCGAAUAUGACCUGGAGAACUUACAGCCCAAGUCCACAGUUGAUGCCUAUGGAGGACCGAUUUGGACUAUCUGCAGCAAUAGCAAGGGAACAUCGCUGGCGGUUGGAUGUGAAGAUGGUACGGUGAAGAUAUUUGAAAUACUGGCGGACAGGAUUCAGUUUCAAAGAAACUUUGACAGGCAAAAAAGUCGUAUCAUAAGUCUUUCAUGGCAUCCCUCCGGCACGCGGCUGGCUGCUGGGAUGAUGGACAUGAUUAGAAUAUUUGAUGCUGAAAGUGGGCACAGUCCACACAGAAUGCUUGUAGAAAGAGGUGUAGGAGCAUCCAAGAGCAGGCAGGUUGUGGUUUGGAGUCUCGUGUUCUUAUCCAAUCACACUAUCAUUAGUGGCGACUCUGCUGGAAAAGUCCAGAUGUGGGAUGGUAUCACUGGAACACUCGUCAACACUCACCUCGUAACCAAGUGGGACGUGCUAGCUCUUGCUGUUUCCCAGGAUGAGAGCAGUCUCAUAAGUGGAACGUCAGAAGGCACCGUUGUCCAGUUCCAGUUUCUCUCGCGCACCACCAACCAACAAGACAUGGACUGGGUUCGAACCAGAACCUUUAAAAACCAUUCACAUGAUGUGAGAGCGCUCGUCCACACGGAUAUUGCUGUAGUUUCUGGAGGUAUGGAUACUCUGCUUAUGGUACGACCCCUGCUGGACAAAGUAGAAAAGAACACCCAAGAAUCGGCAAUGCGGAAAAUAUUCUUCCCUCACAGGAGUCUUGUGUGUUGUGCAAAGAAGUCAGGGCUGCUGCUGUUCCAGUUCCCUGAUCACCUUGAGCUGUGGAGACUAGGGGAGAGUGAUGGGCAUGGAAAGCCUGGUGACAGUCUACCUGUGAAGAGAAAACCAGAGAAACUAAUUCAUUUGAAGAGGAAGGGUGAAGAACAUAUCAGGUGCAGUGCUCUGUCUCCAUGUGGAGAGUGGCUGGUGUAUUCGACUGUCUCCAGCAUUCGUCUUUACAGGCUGCAGUUCCAAAACAAAAACAUCACCAUUACAAAGCUUUCUAAAGUACCCAAGAUCCUUCAGUCAGCCCAGCAGCUUUGCUUUUCCGCCGACUCCUCCAAACUCUUUGCAUCCUGCAGCCGUUCAUCAGUCAUGGUGGCUUCCCUCAGCGAGUCAGAGUGCAAACACAUUCACACAUUCAAACCUCCGUCAGGGUCCAGACAGCCAAUCCACCUGUUGCAUGCAAGUGACGACGGCAACUGGCUCGUAGCGGCCAACACAGGCUGUGAGGUUCACGUCUACAACCUUCAAAAGCUGAAGCUUCACUGCUCAGUGCCAGUGUACAGCUCCUGUCCUACUGCUAUGGCCAUCCACCCAACCACCAGAAACCUCAUCGUAGUCCAUGCUGACCAGCAGAUAUUUGAGUUCUCUCUGGUCCAAAAGGAGUACACAGAGUGGAGUCGCAAGCUGCAGAAACAUGGGUUGCACCCUGUGUGGCUGCAGAGGGAUACGCCUAUCACCCACAUCACCUUUAAUCACAAGAACUCGGCUCACAUUCUUUUGCACGACGCGUUUAUGUUCUGCAUUAUUGACAAGAGCCUGCCCCUCCCAGAAGCAAAAUCUCAGCUGUCUAAUCAGAUGACACUUCGGAGUCUUCCCGAGUCGGAAAGGAUAAGACACAGCCACUCGUUCAAGAUUUGCAAAACCUUUCAGCACCUUUUAAGUUUGACUCAGCUGGAGGACCAGUCCCUGGUCGCUGUUGAACGCCCCCUUGUAGACAUCCAAUCUCAGCUGCCGCCUCCAGUUCGGCAGAAGAAGUUCGCCACCUAA